AUGGACCAGGUGGAGUUCAGCAUCACCAAGGAGCAGUGCUGCUCAGCAGCAGCAAGAGACGGACUCUGUGACAAAGGCAUCAAGAUGGCCGUGUGGCAAGGGGCCUGUGAGACGCCGUUCUUCCAAGGAAAACCUUGGGAAAUCCAAAUCUCUAAGAUGUGCUGUGACUGCUGUGCACUCGGCCUUAUAACAGCGAGCCAGGGUUCCAGCUGCAACUUCCAGGGUUUGUUGCUGCUGGAAACGUGUUUGCAAACAGCCAAAGCCUGCUGUGAUAAAAGUUCAACAGCAGCAAACAAACCGACUGAAAAUGAGGUUGAGCUUCGUGUCACACAAAGGUGCUGUGAGGAUGGGAGAGAUCGGGCCCUUUUAGGACAAUACUGUACAACCCUAUCCUUCUUCUCACCAUCCUACACUUGCAGUAUCACCAAGGGGCAGUGCUGUUCAGCAGCAGUUGGAGAAUGGUUCUGCAACAAUGGCAUUAAGAUGGCGAAGGAGAAAGGAACCUGUCAGAGACUUUUUUCCAAAGCAGAACACUGGGAAACCCAAAUGUCUAAGAUGUGCUGUGACUGCUGUUUGCUCGGCCUGAUGACAGCAAGCCAGAAUUCCAUCUGUGAUUUUGAGGGUUUGUUACUUGGGAGACAGUGUUUGGACACAGCUAAAGCCUGCUGUGAAAAAUACACAGCAGUAAUCAAACCGACUACAAAUGCACCAGUGACAGAAAGCCUUAAUUUCAUCUUGUUUGAGGAUAACGUCGACCUCUGUAGAGACUUAAACUGCUCCCAGUUGUGUAAAGGGAAUGGUACCUGUGCGUGUCUUGCUGGUUAUGAACUGCAAAGCGAUGGAGUGAAUUGUCAAGAGAUUGAGCUUUCUACUGUACAGAGGUGCUGUCGGGAUGGAAGGGAUCUGGCCCUUGCAGGACAACACUGUACAGCCACCCUGCCCAUCUCAUCUUCCAACACCUGCAACAUCACCAAGGAGCAGUGCUGCUCAGCAGCAGCAAGAGACGGACUCUGUGACAAAGGCAUCAAGAUGGCCGAGUGGCAAGGGGCCUGUGAGACUCCGUUCUUCCAAGGAAAACCCUGGGAAAUCCAAAUCUCUAAGACGUGCUGUGACUGCUGUAUCCUUGGCCUGAUGACAGCGAGCCAAAGUUCCAGCUGCAACUUUCAGGGUUUGUUGCUGCUGGAAACAUGUUUGUACACAGCCAGAGCCUGCUGUGAAAAAAGUUCAACAGCAGAAAAUAUACCAACUGAAAAUGAGGUUGAGCUUCGUGUCACACAAAGGUGCUGUAAGGAUGGGAGAGAUCGGGCCCUUUUAGGACAACACUGUACAACCCUAUCCUUCUUCUCCUCGUCCUUCACUUGCAGUAUCACUAAGGAGCAGUGCUGUUCAGCAGCAGUUGGAGAAUGGUUCUGCAAAAACGGCACUGAGCUGGCCAAGGAGAAAGGCACCUGUCAUGGACUCUUACCCAAAGGAGAGCCCUGGGAAACCCAAAUAGCUAAGAUGUGCUGUGACUGCUGUUUGCUCGGCCUGAUGACAGCAAGCCAGAAUUCCAGCUGUGAUUUCCAGGGUUUGUUACCUGGGAGACAGUGUUUGGACACAGCUAAAGCCUGCUGUGAGAAAUACACAGCAGUAAUCAAACCGACUACAAAUGAGAUUGAGCUUUCUCCUGUACAGAGGUGCUGUCGGGAUGGAAGGGAUCUGGCCCUUGCAGGACAACACUGUACAGCCACCCCACCCAUCUCAUCUUCCAACACCUGCAACAUCACCAAGGAGCAGUGCUGCUCAGCAGCAGCAAGAGACGGACUCUGUGACAAAGGCAUCAAGAUGGCCGAGUGGCAAGGGGCCUGUGAGACGCCGUUCUUCCAAGGAAAACCCUGGGAAAUCCAAAUCUCUAAGACGUGCUGUGACUGCUGUAUGCUCGGCCUGAUGACAGCGAGCAGAAGUUCCAGCUGCAACUUCCAGGGUUUGUUGCUGCUGGAAACGUGUUUGUUCACAGCCAGAGCCUGCUGUGAAAAACGUUCAAAAGAAGAAAACAAACCAACUGAAAAUGAGGUUGAGCUCCGGGCUGUACAGAGUUGCUGUCAGGAUGGAAGGGAUCGGGCCUAUAUAGGACAACGCUGUUCAACCCUCUCCUCCUUCUCCUCCUCAUACAGUUGCAGUAUCACCAGAGAGCAGUGCUGUUCAGCAGCAGUUGGAGAAUGGUUCUGCAAAAACGGCACUGAGCUGGCCAAGGAGAAAGGCACCUGUCAUGGACUCUUACCCAAAGGAGAGCCCUGGGAAACCCAAAUAGCUAAGAUGUGCUGUGACUGCUGUUUGCUCGGCCUGAUGACAGCAAGCCAGAAUUCCAGCUGUGAUUUCCAGGGUUUGUUACCUGGGAGACAGUGUUUGGACACAGCUAAAGCCUGCUGUGAAAAAUACACAGCAGUAAUCAAACCGACUACAAAUGCACCAGUGACAGGAAGCCUUAAUUUCACCUUGUCUCCUGAUAAAGUGGACUCCUGUAGAGACUUAAACUGCUCCCAGUUGUGUAAAGGGAAUGGUACCUGUGCGUGCCUUGCUGGUUAUGAACUGCAAAGCGAUGGAGUGAAUUGUCAAGAGAUUGAGCUUUCUCCUGUACAGAGGUGCUGUCGGGAUGGAAGGGAUCUGGCCCUUACAGGACAACACUGUACAGCCACCCCUCCCAUCUCAUCUUCCAACACCUGCAACAUCACCAAGGAGCAGUGCUGCUCAGCAGCAGCAAGAGACGGACUCUGUGACAAAGGCAUCAAGAUGGCCGAGUGGCAAGGGGCCUGUGAGACGCCGUUCUUCCAAGGAAAACCCUGGGAAAUCCAAAUCUCUAAGACGUGCUGUGACUGCUGUAUGCUCGGCCUGAUGACAGCGAGCAGAAGUUCCAGCUGCAACUUCCAGGGUUUGUUGCUGCUGGAAACGUGUUUGUUCACAGCCAGAGCCUGCUGUGAAAAACGUUCAAAAGAAGAAAACAAACCAACUGAAAAUGAGGUUGAGCUCCGGGCUGUACAGAGUUGCUGUCAGGAUGGAAGGGAUCAGGCCUAUUCAGGACAACACUGUACACCCCUCUACUCCAUCUUCUCCUCCUCAUACAGUUGCAGUAUCACCAAGGAGCAGUGCUGUUCAGCAGUAGUUGGAGAAUGGUUCUGCAACAAUGGCAUUGAGCUGGCCAAGAAGAAAGGGACCUGUCAUGGGCUGUCAUCUAAGCCAGAGCACUGGGAAUUCCAAAAAUCUAAGAUGUGCUGUGACUGCUGUUUGCUCGGCCUGAUGACAGCAAGCCAGAAUUCCAGCUGUGAUUUCCAGGGUUUGUUACCUGGGAGACAGUGUUUGGACACAGCUAAAGCCUGCUGUGGAAGAAACACAACAGAAAUCAAACCUACUUCAAAUGAGAUCGAGCUUUCUACUGUACAGAGGUGCUGUCAGGAUGGAAGGGAUCUGGCCCUUGCAGGACAACACUGUACAGCCACCCUGCCCAUCUCAUCUUCCAACACAUGCAACAUCACCAAGGAGCAGUGCUGCUCAGCAGCAGCAAGAGACGGACUCUGUGACAAAGGCAUCAAGAUGGCCGAGUGGCAAGGGGCCUGUGAGACACCGUUCUUCCAAGGAAAACCCUGGGAAAUCCAAAUCUCUAAGACGUGCUGUGACUGCUGUAUGCUCGGCCUGAUGACAGCGAGCAGAAGUUCCAGCUGCAACUUCCAGGGUUUGUUGCUGCUGGAAACGUGUUUGUUCACAGCCAGAGCCUGCUGUGAAAAACGUUCAAAAGAAGAAAACAAACCAACGCAAAAUGAGAUUGAGCUCCGGGCUGUACAGAGUUGCUGUCAGGAUGGAAGGGAUCGGGCCUAUUCAGGACAACACUGUACAACCCUCUCCUCCUUCUUCUCCUCCUCAGACAGUUGCAGUAUCACCAGGGAGCAGUGCUGUUCAGCAGUAGUUGGAGAAUGGUUCUGCAAAAAUGGUAUUGAGCUGGCGAAGGGGAAAGGGACCUGUCAAGGACUCUCGUCCAAACCAGAGCACUGGGAAUUCCAAAUAUCUAAGAUGUGCUGUGACUGCUGUUUGCUCGGCCUGAUGACAGCAAGCCAGAAUUCCAACUGUGAUUUCCAGGGUUUGUUACCUGGGAGACAGUGUUUGGACACAGCUAAAGCCUGCUGUGAGAAAUACACAGCAGUAAUCAAACCGACUACAAAUGCACCAGUGACAGGAAGCCUUAAUUUCACCUUGUCUCGUGAUAAAGUGGACUCCUGUAAAGACUUAAACUGCUCCCAGUUGUGUAAAGGGAACGGUGCCUGUGCGUGUCUUGCUGGUUAUGAACUGCAAAGCGAUGGAGUGAAUUGUCAAGAUGUGGAUGAGUGUCGUACAGGGAAUGUAUGCGGCAACCAUGGCUGUGUCAACCUGGUGGGCACGUACCGCUGUGAAUGCAGAAUUGGCUUCAUGUUUAACAGUUUAACCAGACAGUGCGAAGAUAUUGAUGAGUGUGCUUGGCCUGCUGGAGGUCAUCAGUGUUCCUACAGUUGCUCCAACGUCCCAGGAAGUUUCCGUUGUACCUGCCCAUCCACAGGCUACAUGCUGGCACAGAAUGGACGCACAUGCCAAGACAUUGAUGAAUGUGCAGCAGGGACACAUACCUGUUCUCUCCCUGGAAGCUGCUUCAACAUCCUGGGAGGGUUUCGAUGUCUGUCCUUGGCAUGUCCUCAAUACUUCCAGCUAGCAGGGCAGGGAAAAUUUUCUUCGGCCAGUUGGAAUUGUUUUAAGGUCUCCCACCCUCAGGAUGUUGGCUGCUAUUACUAUUCCAUCAACUUUAUCAGCUACAUCUCCGUCUCCUUGCCAACUGUCCGAGUAAUGAGUGAACCAAAAGAAAUAACUUUCUUGCAGACUACUGCAGUGGCUAACUAUGCUCAUCUACCUGGUGGCACAGAUGUUUUUUUUAACAUCCUGGUUUCAGACGACCAAUCCUCUUUUGAUGUGAUAAAGCGUUCCUACGAGGGCAUGUUUGUUGGUGUGGUUCGUCAGGUGAAACCUCUCCGUGGUCCCAAAAACGUUGUGUUCCAGGUGUCUUUGACCUAUGUCAAGUCAGGGGUUGUUUCUUAUCGCAACAUUGUCAUCAUCCAUUUCUUCAUCUCUGAGUUCUGCUUUUGAAGUAAGCAAUUGAGAGAUACUACAUUAGUUAUACACAACAUUUCUUUCACUCCAUUUGAUGCCAACUAACAUGAAUUUACUGUACCAGUUUGACUUGAAUUCAGACUUUUUUAAUUAUGACCACUGGCUGGCCUGUGUAACCAUUUUUGAUCAAUAUCAUCUUCAAUGAGAGACCAGAUUUGAGAUGCUUCAGUUGAUAAUAAAAGGCUUCAUCUAUGGACAUGUUAUCUACAUUGAUUGAGGAUUGAUUGUGUCCCAUCAACCAUAAAAUCCCAAAGACUUUGCCUCAACCAGGUAAUACUGGGAAUGUUUGCAUCUUGGAAUACUUACUAUUAAAAAUAAAUUGCUGCUUUACAUGGAAUUCCCCAAAGGCUUGUACAGUUGUUUUGCUGCAUUGUCUCAAAACGUGUCUGGCUCAAUGAAUUGAUCCUCUGACCAUCAAUAUUUGCUCUAUUUGAAUGGAUUUCAUAUGUGGGUGCAGCAGGAGCAGCUGAGAGCCUGUAAAGAAUUAUGGGGGAUACAUACAUGGAAUAGACCAUAAUAUAAAUUCCUUUUUUUCCAGAGAGACCUAAAAAGCUUCUGUGAUGGUUGAGGAUAAAUGUCACCAGCCAAAUCGAUUGUUAUCAUCUAUCUGACAGUCUUCAACUUAUAACAAGGCUAUUAGUUAGUAUUCAUAAACCUUUGCAGGAUGCCUUUACAUGAAUGUGUACUGUUUUUAUA